GGAGGCGGGCCCGGCACAAGAUGGCGGCCGGGCGGCUCGGAAGUGACGGCGGGAGGAAGGGCUGGCCCGUUUGAAAGCGCUGCUGCCGCUGGCCCUUUCCCGCCGCCUCCGCCAUGGAGCCGCCGGCCGCAGGAGCUGAGCCGAUGACUCUGGGCUCCCCCAUGUCUCCCAAGCCAGGAGCCAGCGCUCAGUUCCUCCCCGGGUUCCUGAUGGGAGAUCUACCUGCUCCGGUGACUCCACAGCCCCGCUCCUUGAGUGGCCCUUCUGUUGGCGUAAUGGAAAUGAGAUCUCCUCUGCUUGCAGGUGGCUCUCCCCCACAGCCAGUAGUCCCUACGCACAAAGAUAAAAGCGGUGCUCCACCAGUUAGAAGCAUAUAUGAUGAAUUAUCUAGUCCUGGACUUGGAUCUACACCGCUAACCUCAAGAAGACCAGCCAGCUUUUCCCUAACACAGAGCCCGCUGGUUGGAAAUAUGCCAUCAACCCCUGGAACAGCUUCAAGUAUGUUCAGUCCUGCAAGUAUUGGACAGCCCAGAAAGACUACUCUAUCUCCUGCUCAGCUAGAUCCUUUUUAUACUCAGGGUGAUUCCCUAACUUCAGAAGAUCAACUUGAUGACACAUGGGUAACUGUAUUUGGAUUUCCUCAAGCAUCUGCUUCAUAUAUUCUUCUACAGUUUGCUCAGUAUGGAAACAUAUUAAAGCACGUGAUGUCCAACACAGGAAAUUGGAUGCAUAUUCGAUAUCAGUCUAAGCUUCAAGCCCGAAAAGCCUUAAGCAAAGAUGGAAGAAUUUUUGGUGAAUCUAUCAUGAUCGGUGUCAAACCUUGUAUAGAUAAAACUGUGAUGGAAAACUUUGAAAGAAGCUCUACAUCUUCAGUGUCUUCAGUUUUCACUCCACCUACGAAAUCUGUAGGCACACCAGUACAACCUGCAAAUACUACAAGAAUUUCUACAAUGAGACCUCUUGCAACAGCAUAUAAAGCUUCCACUAGUGACUACCAGGUGGUUUCUGACAGACAAACGCCUAGGAAAGAUGAAAGUAUUGUAUCUAAAGCAAUGGAAUAUAUGUUUGGCUGGUAAUAUACAAGAGGAAGUAACAUACUGAGUUGGUCAGGGUUUGAAAUAUGCUGCUGUCAUCAGUGGUUAGUUGUAUAACUACUGGUGUCAGUAUUUUAAUUUGCAUCUCACCUGUUAUGCCUUCAAGGAAUUCAGCAGACAUGUAGCUUGCACUUUAAAUGAUGGCAAUGUACACAUGGUUUUAAAAACUGAAUCCGUGUAAAUAAGUGCUUGUUUCCUGUUUGUGCUCUGAAUGCAUGAUUGUAAAAAUAUAAGCACUGACUUUUCCUCUGUGAUGACUUUCUGUGAAUUACUUCCCAGUAAAGAUGAUGGGCUACUUGCAGGAAGAAUGCUAUUUACAGCUGGCUCCCAGGGACAGGGACGGUUCUUAGUACAUGUGAUUUUAAUUCUUUUUUAGUCUGGAUUCAUUGCUGUUUUACGAUUAUCUGACAUCUUGUUCUAAAUGCCACAUCAACCUUUUAAUUGUUUUAUUAAUAAAGCUAAGUAAAGUUAAGUUUUCUUAGGCUCUUUUUAGAGAAGUAUGAGUUCUAGUUCUAUUAGGAAAUACUGUUUGCAUUACUUUUAAUAGUAUGAUGCUGCUUAAUCUUUAUAGAAGUGUUUAUCAGCUGAGCAGAUGCUGUUGACUCUUAUUGAAGUACCAACCUGUGUUAAAACUAGUUAGGGUUUCAGUAUUUUUACUUGUAAGAAUGCUUAAACUACAUAUUCCUAUGUAAGUUAUCUCCAUGGGUAUUUCAUUGUGGUAUGCACUUCAAAAGUUAACACAUUGUAGCACCUUCUACACUGUAAAAUGUUGAGCUAAAAUAACUGAAUAGAAAAAUGCAGUAUGUCAGUGACCAGAGCUAUGUUCAUUUCAGGACUCUAAUUCCUUCUAAGGUAUUGUGUGAACGAUGAAUUUUGUUUUUACAAUUGAACACUUCCCCUUCAUCUCCCCCCCACAAGUGUUUUCUUGGAGUUGAGCCACUUCAGAAAUCACGUUCAUUGUAUGAGCUCAUAGUCUUUGAGAUGGCUGGGAAAAGAAUAUUUUUUUCUCCAAUACUUGGUAAACUACAUGCAACUAUUACUGUUUUAUGAUUUUUUUGGCUGUUUUAGGGAUGGCCAUUUUAGUUUGGGUCAAUAGUGUAUGCUCCUAAAGUGAAGCUCCAGUCAUACCUAAUCAUAAUGUUUUGCUUCAUACUGCGAUGUGGUCUCAAAAUUCAUCAGCUGCACUUUUCAGAUUAUUUUAGCUGAGAAGAUUAGUCCACGAGCAUGCCUAAUAUACUCUGGAUGCUAAUGGGCAUUCAAUUUACAGGAUUAAGCUCAAGAAAGUCCUGAGUAAAAUCCCUGAAGUGCUGAGUGAGAAGCCAAGUUCUCUGCACUUACUGUGGUUGGGCUGCGUGACUUUCUUAUGUAAGUUGACUUGAUGUACUAUGCCUGUGCUCCUUACGGGUGGGGGUGGAGGAAGAAUGAAGAGGAAAAAUAACUUGGAGCUGAAAGGCUAUAUUUAUCAGAUGUGGUUAUAGUCUUGUGAAAACUACCUUUCCACAGAUUCUCAUAGGAAGAACUACUGUAAUUGCUCUAUAUCUUCUGUCUUUUUGCAGAUGGUUGGAAUUUAGGGAGAGUUAGAACCUGAGUCUGAUUUGGUUCAGGUUUUAAAAUGAGUUUAAAUGAAUCAUGGCAGGCUAGGGCAGAAGAGAGUGAAUGGCUGAGUGAAAAUAAAGAACUGUGGUCUAAUUAGAAAAGUGGAGUUUUUUUGUAGAUGCACCUGGGGAUUAGGACCAGUUGUGCCAAGGUAUGCUUCCAAAGCUAAUCGAUUAGCCAAGUGUGGAGAAGCAGGUUUGUUUACCACACAGAACUCCAGCCAGACGCAGCCAUCAACAGCGCUUCCGAGGCCUUAAACUUUGGAAGUCAGCCCAGAGAUCUCUGGGUCUAACAAGCUGUGUUUCUACUCUGAUAGUGCAUUUAACAAUAGUUGUGGGACAUACUAUAACCCCAUUUGGUUGGAGGUUGUCAAUUAGUUGCAUGUUUACAUAGAAUGUGAGUAAAUCUGUUAGUGCAUGUCUUUUUUUUUGCACUGUCCUUGCGCACUUCAGUCUCUCUUUUGCAUGAAAGCAGCAUGCCUGUAUUGUUCCUUUGUUGCAGUACAGCUAAUUAGUCCUCAGUGUUGGCAGGGCAAAUGGAUUCACAAUAUAGCACUGUGCUGUACUAUUUCCAGUUCUGAUACUAACUUGUUCCUUUCUAUCUCAGGGUGCUUUGUACUUUAUGGUUUAAAAGUAACCUAUGUGCAGGCAGGUUCAGAAGGUUUUUGAGAUGCAUUUAACUGUAUUUGCUGGCUGACACUUUAAGAAAGCUUAAGAAAGGAGUUGGAGACAAAGUUGUUAGUUUGGUUAAACUGUUAUACCAUUAGGUACCAAAUUUAAAACUGCUAGUAUUUUUUUCCCCACUUGUUUAACUUAGUCCCUUGAUCCUUGAAGCUGUAGGGAUGAUUUUUCUUAUAAGUCAUUGCAGUUUCCUGUUCAGUAAAAGCACCAGGGAGUACUGGAUGUAGUUUACGUUGUUCUGAAGGCAGUCAAUAGGAGAAGACAAAUGAGAACAGAUAACAUCUGUGUCCUUGUGGUCAGUAGCAUUAGCAGCUUCUCUUCAUAUGGCUUCUGCUGGUGAAGGCUCCCCUUAAUAUGUUGACCUAGUGUCAUGCACUAGGUAAGCCCUGCUGUCUGGGUUUACUGACUAUGAGAACAUUAUGGUCCCACACUGCCAGAAGCACAGCAUGGUUUUGUUGCAGCGUGGUCCUCAUGGUCUUUAUUAGUCACAUAAGUGUACAGGGGCCGUGUGUGAUGAAAGGGCUGGGGAGACAAAUAAAAGUGAAGAAUCUCUAACACACGUGGGAGAUCCUCAAGUAAACCUUUUCAAGGCUAACUGCUGUUGGUAGGUAGUAUUGCAUCUAAAAAUCCAGUUCUUCCUCUUUGUUAACUAUGUAUCUGCUGCUUGAUAAUAAGGAAGGAUUCUCUUCUAGCUGCAGCUACCAGUGACUUGCAUUAUAACCAAGGUUAAGGACUUCAGCUACUGAUGCAUAAUGUUCAUGAAACUCUGUUCUGGUUUCAGUUGUAGGGGGCUUCUUGAAAGAUUGCAGACUGUUUUUCAUGGGAUCAUUACUUUAAAAUAAACCUGUCAUGAAUAUUUGCUUUCUGUCUGACUCGAUUGCGAGUUACUCAGGAAUCUAGUCCAUUUACCUAAAUCGACAGUUUUUUAAAUUAUAUAGGGAUUUGUUGUGUUGUUUCUAUGGUAACUUCACUAUUUUUUGGUAGAGGUUUUUGUAGCUAGCAAAUAGUAUUCUUGUCUUCUCUUUCUUCCAACCCCUCCUCAAACUAGUUUUCUAGUAACUUUGAAAGUGAGUGAUGUUUAUUCGGGUAGUAUAUUUACAGUAACACAAUGAUGAAAUGUUAGAAUACAUCAUCAUGUCUACCUUUCUAUUUUAAACUAAUUUCAAGUUGUAGGCAUCUACCUCCACCUUGUGGCAGUUCAUCAGAACUUCAUUAGGAGGUUUAACUGAUAUUGAGUGGGCUAUGGUAUGUUAAUAAUACUCUGGUUAGGCGGUGCAUAAACAGUCCUGUGAGAAAAUAGUACUUAAAUGUCUCUUAGUGCUUACAUAGUAAAAGAAGAGAUAAAGAUGAAUUUAUCCAGUAUCUUAAUGUAGGGCUAAUUCAGACUUUUAAUUGUUGCUUCAACGGAAUAGUUAAGCUUUAUUUCAAGUCUUAACAGCAUUUACUCAUCUUGUUGUUUUGUGAUGGAUAAACAGAAGAAAAUUUAUUUUCAUGGAUAAUACAGUAAAAUCCAUUUUGUGUGAACGUAAUAGGCUUUUUUUGAUACUGGGUACAUGUAUAAGUAUACAAGAUUUUAACCAGUUUAAUUUGACUGUAAAUGUCUGGACCACAGAUGGGUCUUCAUAAAUGUUGUGCUGCUUAAAUAAGUUUUUUUUUUUUUAAAAAGUAAGCUAUUCAACUGUUAGAUAAGUGAAAACAAAAUAAACUAGGUUAUGAAUAACUUGGAAUCUGGAGUGGGUUUUCUAAAUUUGAGACUGCAGGUGGUAAGGCACUGGAAUAAACAUCCUAGAUCUCUAGUGAAAACAUCAGUCCUCAGGCAACUUUGUGGCUUUGUGGUAAGCUAUUUUUCUUAUUAUUUGUUUGGGUAACAGUAAAAGAUGUUCUUUU